CCUGCGGCAUCUCCCCAAAGCAUCAUCCUCGCAAUCUCCGCCGGGCCGAGCCAAAACCCCCGCAAAAAUUACUCACUACCCUCUGCAAGCGCGCAUCUCGGCCGCCGACGCCGCCAUGGCCGCCGCGCACUCCCUCCUCCACCUCGCGGUGCCCAAGUCCCUCGCCCCCACGUUCACCCUCUCUCCUCUCGGCGCCGCUCACCGCCUGCUGCCCUCCCUCCGGCCUCAGCGCAUGGUUGCGUCCUGUAGCUCAGCCCACCCUGACCUCGCCGCCUUCCCCAACCCCAACGGACUCCUGGUGGCCGAGCCCGCUGCGGUGACGCCCACCGACAUUGACGUGGCCACGGAGGCCGAGCUGCGGGAAAACGGGUCCCGGAGCACGCGCCGCACCAAGCUCGUCUGCACCGUGGGGCCAGCCACUUGCGGCCCCUCGGAGCUGGAGGCGCUGGCCGUGGGCGGGAUGAACGUCGCGCGUCUCAACAUGUGCCAUGGGGACCGCGACUGGCACCAGAAGGUCAUCAGCUCCGUGCGGAGGCUCAACGAGGAGAAGGGGUAUGCCGUCGCCGUCAUGAUGGACACCGAGGGGAGCGAGAUCCACAUGGGGGACCUCGGCGGCGCGCCAGCGGCCAAGGCGGAGGAUGGAGAAAUCUGGAUAUUCAGCGUUAGAUCUUUUGAGGUACCUCUCCCAGAACUAACUGUUCAUGUGAACUACGAAGGCUUCGCUGAAGAUGUGAGAGUUGGUGAUGAUCUUCUUGUGGAUGGUGGAAUGGCUCGUUUUGAGGUCGUUGAGAAACUAGGACCAGAUGUGAAGUGCCGUUGCACAGAUCCUGGUUUGCUGUUGCCACGUGCCAAUCUUACAUUCUGGCGGGAUGGCAGUGUUGUCCGCGCGAAGAAUGCCAUGCUUCCGACAAUUACAUCUAAGGAUUGGCUUGACAUAGACUUUGGAAUUGCUGAAGGUGUAGAUUUUAUUGCAGUUUCAUUUGUUAAGUCAGCUGAGGUUAUUAACCAUCUAAAGAGCUACAUAGCAGCAAGGAGUCGUGGCAGUGAUAUAGCGGUUAUUGCAAAGAUCGAGAGCAUCGACUCUUUGACAAACUUGGAGGAGAUCAUCCGUGCAUCGGAUGGUGCCAUGGUAGCCAGAGGGGACUUGGGAGCACAAAUUCCCUUGGAGCAGGUCCCUUCAAUACAACAAAAGAUAGUUAAACUGUGCAGGCAGCUAAACAAGCCAGUCAUUGUUGCUUCCCAGCUUCUUGAAUCGAUGAUUGAGUAUCCUAUACCCACCAGGGCUGAAGUUGCUGAUGUUUCUGAAGCAGUCCACCAACGUGCGGAUGCUUUAAUGCUUUCUGGCGAAUCGGCAAUGGGCAGAUAUCCAGAUAAGGCGCUCAGUGUCCUCAGUAAUGUUAGCUUAAGGAUUGAAAGAUGGUGGAGGGAGGAGAAGCACCAUGAGCCACUAGAACUUGAGGACGUUUCGUCUUCUUUCUCUGACAAAAUAUCAGAAGAGAUCUGCAUUUCUGCUGCUAAAAUGGCUAACAAGUUGGAAGUAGAUGCCGUUUUCGUCUAUACGAAGGGUGUCCACAUGGCUUCCUUGCUUUCACGGUGCCGCCCUGACUGCCCAAUCUUCGCCUUCACAAACUCGACGUCCGUGAGGAGACGACUGAACCUCCAAUGGGGCCUCAUCCCCUUCCGCCUCACUUUCUCAGAUGACAUGGAGAGCAACCUGAACCGCACCUUCUCCCUGCUCAAGGCGAGAGGCAUGAUCAAGUCCGGUGACCUGGUGAUCGCUCUCUCUGACAUGCUGCAGUCCAUCCAGGUGAUGAACGUACCAUGAGAGGCAUGAAUCCCUAGCGGUGCUGUUUUGACCAAAACGAGACACUGCUGUAGUGUUUGCAAUUUAUUCGUGUGCUCUCCUUGUGUUUAGACGGACCUGAGAACUCAACCGCAACAAUAAUAAUGUGCUGCAGUUCCUAGCCUGAUGUAAAACUCAUGUAUUAUCUAGGAUUAGUAUGGAAAUCGCUCAAUCUAUGAUUUUUUAUUA